UACUAUGAUUUUUAGAGCGAUUCGAAAGUAAACAGCCAUAAGGAAAUAUGGCGAACGAGGCAGAGGAAACUGUGCGUAAACUAGCAACCCAUAAGGGUGUUUCUGGCGUGAUAAUCAUCAAUGGAGAAGGUAUACCCAUCAAGAGUACCUUGGAAAACCAUGUCUCAGUUCAAUAUGCCGGACUCAUGUCUUCGCUAGUCGACAAAGCUAAAGCGGUGGUCCGCGAUUUGGAUCCUACGAAUGACUUGACGUUUCUAAGGAUUAGAAGCAAGAAGAGCGAGGUUAUGGUAGCUCCUGAUAAAGAAUUCAUUCUCAUAGUGGUCCAAAACCCUGUCGAAUGACGAAGGCUUCUGGCGUUUUGGGCCAAAGUUUAUCUUAUUAGAAAAAAUUUAGACUUUUUUGUGAAGUGAGAAUAGUGAUUUAUUUUCAUCUGUUGAAGGUCGUAUUCGUUUUCUGUUUUAGUUAAUGUUGUAAAUUUACGAUUAUGG